CACAUGAAGUCUAGUACUUCCAAGUUAAUAAUGGGAGCAAUAUUAAUAAUGGUGGUGACCCUUGCAAUAAUUCUAGGCCUACUCUUAGUUUUUCUUGUUGAAUUUUUUUGUUCCCUCUUACUUGCUAGGCGUCAACGGUCAAAAACACCUGUAAAUUUCGCGAUAACCUCUACCACACAAUCACCACCACCACUAGAGUGUCAAUCAAUUGUUCCAAUUACAAGUAGUCAUAGUAGCUUUUAUGCACAAUUAGGGGUUCUUCAUGUUCCAAGAAGUUACCUCUUUCCUAAAAUUUCCACUAAAGAUCAUCAUAACUUUGAUGAUAUUGAAAUAGUCCAAAAUGUGCCAUACCCUAAAUUAGUCCAUGAAGUACAAUCACAUCAAUGUAGCACUAGUAGUACUACUAUUGAGGAACAAUUUAUGUACAUAUCAAAUCCAAUUUAUGAUAACACAAAAAUUGAGCAUGACACACCGUUUGAAACGCCAGAUACAUCCCCAUCCUGUCUCGAAUUAAUCAUUGAUAGUUCUUCGGAGGGAGAAGAAGAAAAUUGUGGAAUAUCAACAUGUUCUAGUACACCUUCUUCAGUACUAUUAACUCCGAUGAAGAAACUCCCAAUCGAGGCAUGUUCAAUUUCACUAAGAAGUGGCUCUAUUAAUAGUAACAAUUCUACUUCUUCCUCUGGAUCUCCAUGUACUUCUCCUUCUUGGUAAAAUUUGAAGAAAAAAAAAAUUAGUAAUCUAUGUACUUAAAUUUGUUUAAUUAGGGUUUGUUUAGAUGUUCUUUGUUAGCUUAGUUUGUUUAGAUCUUUUUAUUUUCUUGUUUAGUUAUUUUUGUUGAUGUAAUAGGUAAUGAUAGAAUGACUAAUAUUAUCUAUCUGUCCCAGUUUAUUUGGCAUCG